UGAGGGACCUUGGCGCCUGAGGGGAGCUCGCGAGCUGUGGCGGCGGAAAACAAGAGCGUUCGUAUUUUUUUUAAAAAAACCGCCUUUUACUCCGCACGAGAAAACUUUAUUUUUUUUUGAAGGAAAGACUUCAAAACUUAAGAGAAUGCCAACCAAAACAUUCUCAGAUGGUGAAAUGGUAAUGGGCCGUUGGCCAGGUAGCCAUCUGUUCUAUGAGGUACAAGUGACGGGUUACAACAAGAGCACCCAGCUGUAUGCAGUCAAGUACAAGGAUGGCACUGAGCUGGACCUGAAAGAAAGUGAUGUCAAGCCCUUAAAUUAUUUUAAAACAAAGAAAGGGUCAUCUUCCCGACAACGUAGUCGCUCUCGAUCUCGAUCACGUUCCCCUGCCAGAACACAGACCCCCAAGCGUUCAUCCUCCCGUGGCAGGGAGACCAAGAAACCUGUGCAGAAGGAAGAAGUGCAAAAGAAAAAUCUGCCUCCAGUGAAAUUUGUCCAUCAGCUCCAGGAGAACAGUACCAACAGCAAAACUACCUCUGUGAUAGACGACAAAGAGGAGAAGGAGGAGAACAACAGCAAGAAUACCUACAGAGUCGUUGAGCACAAGAUACGCAGGGAAAUUGUAACAGACCAGUUAGGCCUCCCUUACAAUCUACGAGCCAAGAAGGAAGAAGGAAAAGUUGUAGAACUGGAAACAAAAGAUGACCAUCUAUAUAUUAAAAAGCAAGCAGCGUGGACUCAGGAAUGGGAAUUUGGAGGACGAGUUGGUGCCUUCUUCAUAAUGAUCUUGUUGCCUGCUGCAGUCAUUCUCUUGCUGUUGACGUGUGCACAAGAAGAUGCCAGUUUUCUGAAUUUUCCACCCCAGAUUCCAGCUCUGCAGACAUUGUGGAGCAGUACUGCCCUGGGCAUUUUUGUCCUUUGGUUCCUCUUUCAGGCUCUGCUCUACCUACUGCCCAUUGGAAAGAUUGUUGAUGGACUACCACUAGCAAAUGGAAAGAAGCUUAAAUACAGGAUCAACGCAUUCUAUGCAUUUCUUCUGUGUGGUGCCGCAGUAGCAGCUGCCCUGUACAAUGAGGUGAACCUGAGCUAUAUCCACAUUAACCUGUUGCAACUCGCAAUCUCUGCAAUGGCCUUCUCCCUUGUGCUGAGCAUUUACCUGUACGUGCGUUCCUGGCGUGUUCCUGCUGAUGAGCUGGCAGUAGGAGGAAAUUCUGGUAGUUUUGUUUAUGAUUUCUUUAUUGGGCGUGAACUGAAUCCUCGUAUCAGAAACUUUGAUCUUAAGUACUUCUGUGAGCUGCGUCCAGGCUUGUUGGGCUGGGUUGUCAUUAACUUGGGCUUGUUGUUUGCCGAGAUGGAAUCUCAGGGCCGUGAUGCGCCCUCGUUGGCGAUGGUACUGGUGAACAGUUUCCAGCUUCUGUAUGUGAUGGAUGCACUGUGGAACGAGGAAGCAAUUCUGACCACCAUGGAUAUUGUGCAUGAUGGACUUGGAUACAUGCUGAUAUUUGGAGACCUGGUCUGGGUACCGUUCACAUACAGCCUACAGGCUUUCUACCUGGUUAAUCACACAAGUGAACUGAGCUGGCCAGUAGCUCUGGCGAUCAUUGCUCUCAACACUGUUGGUUACAUCAUAUUCCGGGGGGCCAACUCGCAAAAGAACGCUUUUAGAAGGAAUCCUCAUGACCCCAAACUGGCACAUUUAAAAACUAUUCCCACAGCAACAGGGAAGAGUUUGAUUGUUUCUGGAUGGUGGGGAUUUGUCCGUCACCCAAACUACCUGGGUGACCUCAUCAUGGCUUUGGCUUGGUCUCUGCCCUGUGGGUUCAAUCACAUCAUUCCGUAUUUCUACGUAAUUUACUUCGCUUGUCUGCUCAUUCAUCGUGAGGCCAGGGACGAGUAUCAGUGCAGGAAGAAGUACGGUGUAGCUUGGAACAAGUACUGCCAACAAGUCCGCUACCGAAUCUUCCCCUACAUCUACUGAGCAAGUCUAUUCCACCCAUUGGAUCAGAAAGCCUCUGCACAUUAUUGUCACUUGUCUUUUGAAGAAAACACAAGAUGAAGGUUGAUAUAUUAGAACAAUAAUCAUGGGGCUUGCUUUUUCCUUAAAAAUUAUAUAUUUCUUUUCUUCCUUCCCUGUCCUUGCCCUUUUUUAAAAAAGAAAACCUCAUUUUAUUCACAGUUUGAAAUUAGCCACAUACUUGUAGCAGAACAAAUGAGGUAAUCUUCCUGUGGGCAGAAAGACCGGGCAGAUCCUUUUAAAACAGCAUUACCCAUAUGUUUCAAAUUGGCAAUAAUCAUUCCCUGGAGCGCAGUUUUGUGCUUUAAAAAAAAUAAUGGGACAGGAGAGCUUGAGGGACAACAUAUUUUGUGCCGGUGUUACUGUUUGACUCCUGCAAAGAUUGAGUUAUAAACAUGGUUAAUCAUUUAAUGAUUUAUAUAUUAGUCACUUCACAGAAGGAUUCACUUAUCUCAGGUAUUCUUGAAAUUGGAGCAGAUUGUAUUGUAAAGCUUGUGUUUAUCAUGACCUAUGCUUUUAAGAUGGUCAUAAGAUAAUUAAUUGAUGUUCCUCAUGGCAGUUUACAAUAACUCUUGCGUUCAAGUAUCAGCUGUUUUAAAGAAAAAGAAAUCUUCAUUAUUUUCUCUUUUUUUUGUUUCUCCCUCUAUAUUAAUCAAAGGCAGGUCCUGUAUGAUGCCUGUUAUACUCUCAUCUCUUCCUCCUCACUGUCAUGAUUAUAGGCUAGUUGUCAAAACAUUUCACAUUUCCCCCUUACCCAUUUAAAAAAAAAACUGUAAUGGUAAUUAAUCCCAGUAAUUGCCUUUUCUCAUCUUUUUAUAAUUUGUUUUGGAUACUUUGACCAGCUGGUAAUUUUAGUUUGAAGAUCAGGAUCGGGAACUAAAGAACUAUGAUCUAACUGGCUGUAACUUGAAGAUAUUCCCUUUCUUCCCAACCCAUUUUUCAUCAUUCUCUUCUGUCUGCCCACUCAUCUAUCUUGAAUCAUGAUAUUCAGAUUAGUUGAUUGUGUGCAGUCCAAGUUCAUCCCAAAGGGUUUCUUGCUAGAACAAAUCUAAAAAAGCCCUUGCUGCAUCACUGGAUUCUUUCUUCUCUGUCAUAUCUUUCCUCCCCUUUAAAUGUAGUUAAAUCAGACCCCAACUAGUAUUAUAUAAUUGUGGGGUCUGACUGGUAUUACCUGUAAAGUUAAAGCUCUUUAGCGUAAACUUUAUUUUAAAGAAUUACUUCUGGAUUGGAACUUUUUGUAGGGUUUACAUUCUGGGUAUAUUAUUUUCUUUUGCUGAACUUUUCAUGAUACAAUUGAAGCUGUUACGGUGUUUGGCUGUACUGUGUGUGUGAUGCCUUGAGAGCAGGGAUCCAAAUAAACUUAGCCACCUCUAGACUUCUUUGAAUGCCUCGCUGUUGACUUGUUGCAUUCUGGCUGUUCUCCAGAAUUCUUUGGGACCCAUCUGAUUUGGGUUGUGUUGCUAUUUUGCAAGAGUGAUGUAAGGCUUGCGAUUUAUCCUCAACAUGGAUUCACUCACUGCAGUGAAGACUUUUUUUAUGAAGACAAAUUGUGCUCAUGAAUAUUGUAAAUAUUUUUAAGUAAAGUUUUGUGCCAUUAAUGAGCCAGUGGUUUCUUAAUCUGUGUUAGCUUUUUCAGUGCUGGAAGUCCUAAAAUAGGCUAAUUCUUCAACAUCAUCAAAAACAUUCUUAAAUUUUAUUUUCUACCCUGCUUCAGUGUUCCUUUUCCAAGAGCGAGUGGGUCCAGCCACAAUCUGUGGCACAACAAUGUGGAUCAACUAAUCAACCUUCAUUUCAUUGGAGUGAAGUUUUCUUGAAUCCUCUUUUUAUCUUACAUUUCCUUAGGACCGAAAGGACUAAUGUCUGGAAGAUGGUGUCUGAUUGAAAAGCUGUUUAACUUGCCUGUUUCAUUGCAGUGGGGAGGGGGGGUUGUGGCUAGUGAUGACAAACAUAACUCUGUUAACUGUACUUAAUAAACAUUUUUCAGAAAAGGGGCCCCCACGUCUUGUUUUCCCUGACUAUACUGAGAUCAGCAUUGUUUUGUGCAGAUUUUUAGUUCUGAAAAGGGUCUCAUAGUUUUCACACAUUAUUUAAAAAUCUGGGCUUUUCUACCUGGACUAUUGUCCACCAGUUACAAACCUACUGAUUUUUGGGAUAACGUAAUGAAUGAAUAGGAUGGCAGUAAUUCAGAAAGUGGUAAGACCCUCUGUAACAGUAACUUGCUUGGAGUGCAGGCAGUUAUUUUGUAGUAAUCUAGACUUUACCUGUGAACCAGUAAUAUAAAACCUAUUGCUGCCUGUUGUAACGUGUCCUUGUUUGGACACUGCUCUGGUUGCAGUUUUCCACUGGGGCAAGCCUUAAAAUGAUGCAGAUACCAGUGGGGCACCUGAAGGGCUGUUCUAGCAAUUAGCAGUAAAUAGUCACAUCAGUAUUAGACCCCAUUGAGUGGACCAUGUAUUUAUUAAAUGUUUUUUGUGUUCAUCAUAAGUUGGUGCAUAACUGAAUAAAAGCUGCCGUCAAUAAAUAUGGGAUCUGUCAUUGUACCCUUAACCUACAUAGUCUAUUACCUCACCAGACCACCAGCAAGACUACUCCUGUGUAUAGACUGUACAUGUUCUCAGAUUUUAUUUUUUGAUAUAAACAAUUGUUAUCCUGAAAAUCAGACUUUCAAUUUUAACACAGGACAUUGAUGUAUUCUUGAUUAUAAAUGUAGCUUUAUUGAUAUAAAAAUAUUUUUAUAUGUUAAGAAUUGCAGUAUUUUAGGUGGAUUUGUGUCCUUGGCGUAAUCAAUUUAUGGUGUAACAUUCACUUUACUGCACUGCCAAUGUGUCCUGAAUGUUAUAGUGACAUUGUCUUUCAAAAAAUCUAUACAAUUUCAUUUUACAUAGGUCUAUAUGAAAUAAUGUGUGUGCAGAAAAUCAGAGUCCUCCCAGUCCCUUCAGAGAUGAUCUCAUCACUGCUUCCUUGAGCCUUCUGUAUCAAGUGACAUUGCAGUAUUAAGAUGGUUGAGACAGACCUCUGCUCUCUGAUUACUGUGAAACCAUUAAACCUCUACCUAUAAUCCUGGAAGAAUUCCAGUGACUAUCCUGAGUCACCUGCCAGUUGCACUACCCAGGUUGCAGUAGUAGCACACCUGAUCUUAGCCCUUGCAUAUAUCACUAAUAUAUUAGUGACAAAUCAAUGUGUGCAACUCAUUAAGGCCUUGUAACUCUUUCGAGUACAAACAUGUUUCCAUCUGUUCCUAUUCAGAUGAAGUUACAUUGUUUCAUAGUUUCCAUUGUGAGAUUUGAACUCUUGAUCUUGGGGUUACAAGCCCAGUACCAUAACCACUUGGCUAUUUAGGCCAAGCCAUUAAGGCCUUGUAGACAUGAAGUCAAAAUGGAAGUGUGUAUUGACUGACUUUAACUAGAAGAGAGGUGGCUUUAAAUGCUGAUGGGACUGCAGCCUUUUGUGGAUUUUGGUAAUAAUCAGGUCAUGGCUUGACCUGUGCAUUUCUAUUGAAAGAAACUUGUAGCCCAGGUAGCAAGUUAUUACAUAUUGUGCAGAAUGUGUACAGAUUGCACCUAGACACUCCCCAUCAAAUUUUCAUCUAGUAGGGCCCUUUCACUAAUGUGAAAAAACCAUGCCUGUUCAUGACACAUUGUAGUUACAAUGAGUAGUCCCAGCUUGUGAUGGAAAGUCCAGUUGAAAUCCUGUUAAUUUUAACUCAAAACACAGUGUAGCUGAGCCUUUUGGAAUAAAAUUGCAGUGCCUAGUAGUUGCCGGUGUUUGAGACUUAAUACAAUGAUUGUAAAUACUAUCUCUGUUUUGAUGGGAGAAUUGUUGGGGGGGUAUGAGGGAUUUUUUUUCUUGUGCUUGUUUUUAUUGCAACUGCUUGUAUAGCAAUACCCAGGAUUUUAUCUUGAGUGAAAAAAUGCAUUGUACAAAUACAAAGUGAAAUUACUUUUUUAUAUUUUUGGGCUGAAAUAAAGAUUUUCAAUAAGG